AUGACUGCGACUGCCAUACAGUCUGUACAAGUGUUUGGUAGGAAGAAGACAGCAACUGCAGUCGCGUACUGCAAGAAGGGUAGAGGACUAAUAAAGGUGAAUGGACGUCCUUUGGAGCAUCUGCAACCGGAAAUACUUCGCAUUAAAUUACAGGAACCGUUACUCAUAUUGGGAAAAGAACGUUACCAAGAUGUAGAUAUUCGGAUUCGCGUGAAAGGAGGUGGUCACGUAGCUCAGAUUUAUGCUAUUCGGCAAGCUCUGGCUAAGGCAAUCGUAGCUUACUACCAGAAAUAUGUUGAUGAACAAAGUAAAAAAGAACUGAAGGAACAGUUAGUCGCUUAUGACAGGAAUCUGCUUGUUGCUGACCCACGAAGAAGGGAGCCAAAGAAAUUUGGAGGUUCUGGAGCACGUGCGCGCUACCAGAAGUCAUAUCGUUGA